AUGUUUAACAAUAGCUCCUCCAUCUCCCGAUCUCCUCUCAGCCGUACAAUCCUCGCCAGCCCAUACUUACCACCCAACGGUGUCAGCCCGCACCAACCUGCCCCCGCAGCUAGCAACACCCUCGCACCCUCCACGUUGCCACAUCUCACAGCCCUCCCCAGAGAGCUAUACCCAAAGGGAUCGACCUCUUUCACCGAGGCCCCAUACUCUAAGGCGACCUUCAACGUUUUACUGCACCCAUUCUGCACCAGUAGUGCGAGGAUAUCCUUCGGCAUAGAGCAGUUGAUUUUGAGACACCGGCGCAUAGUCUCAGCGGAGUCUGACAGGGCGGCCCAGACGAGGAGUUCGCGGUCAUUGGAGACGAUGAAGUCGUCGAUCGCACAGGUGAUGAAUUUGUUGUUAUUCAGCGAGCGGCAGGUACAGGUCAGGGAGCAGAGGGAGUAG